CAGCAGUUAUAGCGCCUGAGACACAUAUGGUUGGGAAGCCGUUCUUCACGAGUCCUCGCUGCCUACCAGCAACACGCCAUGUCGCCUCGACUGUUGCCGCUCCCUUGACACGAACUUUCUUGCCGUUGGGCCUGUUGAAGCCGUCAACAACAUUUGCAUCGUUUUCUGAUAGCAAUACGCCUAUCAAAAAGCUAAGGGCGACGGAUCCGGGCGCGGAGUCUGGGUCCGCCAUGCCCAUUGCAACGAGCACAAGCGGUUCUGGCAGCAGCAUUGCGAUCCAGAAGCCAGCUGCUGACCGUCGAGCUUAUGAAUAUAUAAUUGUGGGCGGAGAAGGCGAAUCCAAGGCGGCCUUAGACUCGGCGGACUUGAACGAGAGCGGCAGCACCCCAGCAGCUGGUGCGCGCUUUCUGCUGGUCUCAGACCCCGAAGCGGUAUUUGCGGCAGCCUGCCUCAACAUCCAAGCCGGUUACUUUGAUGACCCACCCGAUGUGCCCGGCUUUGCGCAUUGGCUGGAGCAUGCAGUACACCUGGGCAGCGGGCGCUACCCCGAUGAAAAGGACUACAAGUACUUCCUAUCGCAGCACGGCGGGUCCUCCAACGCAUCUACCGGCAUGGUGCACACCUCCUACCACUUCACAGUGGCCGCCCCCCACGUGCCGGGUGCACUGGACCGACUGGCUCGCUUCUUCAUAGACCCGCUGCUCAGCAGGGAGAGCAUCCUGCGGGAGGUAGAGAACGUGCACGCCGAGUGGAGCCGCAACUGCAACUCCGACGCGCGCAAGCUGCUGCAGCUGCGCCGCUGCGCCGCCGGCGGCCCCCUCGCGCAGUUCAGCACCGGCAACGCAACCACGCUGCGGGAUGUACCCGCGGCGGCGGGUCGUGACGUGCCGGCGGCGCUGGCGGCGUUUUGGCGGCGGCGUUACCUGGCGCCCUGGUUGUGCGGUUGCGUGGUGGCGCCGCAGGGGCUGGGGGAGAUGAGGGAGUGGGUGCGAGGCGCGUUUGCGGGGGUGCGGUUGAAGGACGAGGGUGCGGAGGAUGGAGCUGCGGAGGGGUGUGUGGAGACGGCUGCGGAGAGGGCUGCGAAGAAUGGCGAGGAGGCGAAAGGAGAGGACGCAGAAGCAGCAGCUGGAGCAGCAGGAGGAGAUGCAGAAGCAGCAGCCGGAGGGGCGGCGGCAGCAGCAGCAGCAGCAGGAGGGGAGGCGGGACAGGGAGGAGGAGGUCGCUACUGCCUCGAUGGCAUGUGCGGCGAGGGGCAGCUGGGGCGGCUGUUCCGGGUAGCCUCACAGCGGGAGCUACGGCAGCUGGAGGUGGUGUGGUACCUGCCGUACAACAUGAUGCCGUACAUGAGGAGCAAGCCCUGGCGGUGGGCGGGCCACGUGUUGGGGCAUGAGGGGCGCGGCAGCCUGGCGGCACUUCUUCGGGGGGCGGGGCUGGCGCAGGAGCUAAGCACCGGGCCGUUUGAUGAGGUUCGCCUGGGCCGCGGGUUCAUGUUUUGGGGCGUCACCCUCACGCUUUCCGAGGCGGGCCUACGCCGUACGAAUGACGUACUACAGCUCAUCUUUGCUGCCGUCCACGCCAUGCGGGCCUUAUCCCCCGCCCAGCGCGCCGCGGUGUGGGGUGAGGUGGCAGCGGAGGCGGAGGUGCGCUGGCAGUGGCAGGACAGGUCGACGCCGCUUGACUUGGCGCGUGACGUGGCGCAGCGACUGCACUACUUUGGUCCGCAGGAGGUGCUGAGCGGUCCGGCUCUGCUGUCAGAGUACGAUGAGGCGGCUCUGGAGCGGUUCUUGUCGUACCUCACACCGCACAACUGCAACGUGUAUUUGGCGGACAGCUCAUUCGCCGGGCUGACGCAGCAUGUGGAGAAAUGGUACGGAGCGCGCUACAGCGAGGAGCCACUUCCGCCAGAAUUGUACGACACUGCACCUUCCGCCGCCGCCGCCAUUGUUGACGUCAUCACUCCCACCGCCGCCACCGCCGCCGACGCUACGUCAACUUCUUCGGUCGCCGCCGCCGCCGCCUCCGUGGACCCCGCGGGCAGUCCUGACGACGCCCUGCCGCUACUGCUGUCGAGACUGCGGCUGCCGCCGCCACCCUCAUGGGCCUUACCCGUCCACGUCAGCCUAGCGGCGCCGCCACCGGCGGCGGAGCCGGAAGAAAUACGACAGCAGGAGCAGCAGCCAGGUACGGCAGGCGCCUCCGCCGCCGCCGCUGCCGUCAACGGAGCUGCUCCUGCUGAUGCUGCUCCUAGGUUGCUAGAGGAGAGGGCGGAAGUUCGGCUGUGGCAUCGGCUGGACGUAUCCUUUGGAGUUCCCAAGACCCACGUGCACGUGCACCUCAUCACACGCUCUGUCUACGCCUCCCCUGCCUCCUGGGUGACCGCCCGCCUCGCCUGCCGCCUGCUGGAGGAGCUGCUACAGCCCGAUGUGUACGACGCUCAGCUGUUGGGUUGCAGCUACAGCCUGAGCGCCUCCGAAACCGGGCUACAGCUGAGCUUGCAUGGCUUUAGCGGGGUGGUAGCGCAGUUGGCGGAGAUGGUGGCGGAGGCGGUGGCGGGCGUGAGUUUGGAGCAGGUGGAAGCGAGGUACGGCCUGGUCCACGGCAAACUGCUGCAGUCGCUUCGGCUGUGGCGCCACAACAACCCCUCUCAGCAUGCAGAGUACGGAGCCGAACACCUGUUACAGACCCCGCACUGGCAUGCGGAGGAGAGCAUUGCCGUACUCGAGCGGUCCUUUUACUCCUCCUCACCUGCUGCUGCUGCUGCCUCUGUCUCCUCCUCCUCCUCGGCUGCUGCUGCUGCUGCCUCUGUCUCCUCCUCCUCCUCGGCUGCUGCUGCUGCUGCCUCUGUCUCCUCCUCCUCCUCGGCUGCUGCUGCUGCUGCCUCUGUCUCCUCCUCCUCCUCGGCUGCGGCUGCUGCUGCGGCGGCGGCCUCCUCUGUACCCGCCGAGGGCGAGGAGGGUCGUACGGGCCCGCGGGAGGUUUGGGAGGUGUUGCAGGGGCUGGGGAGGGGGAUGGCGCUGGAGGUGCUGGUGUACGGCAACUCGACGGAGCAGCAGGCGAGAGAGCUUUGUGCGACGAUGGAGCGGCACCUGCGACCCACGGGUCUGGGACCGGACGGUUGGCCCGCCACCUACAUCUUGCAGCUCGGGCCGCUGGCACCCGACGAACAACAGCAAGUACAAGACAAGGAGGAGGACCCUACACCUAGCCCCGUAACGGAUUCCGCGGCUGCUAAUACCGGUGCUUUUGGCACGGACAACCAGGCUGCUGCUGCUGCUUCGGGGGCUGCUUCUGCCGCCGCUGCUGCUGCUACAGAGGUUGCUGCUCCGGCUCUGUUCCGCUUCCUGCCGCCCAACCCCAACCCCGCGAACUCCAACAGUGCGGUCUUCUAUCUCUGCCAGGUAUGCGAGGACGACCCCGCCGACCCUCUCCCCGCAGUGCUCCUCGAGCUGCUGACCGCAAUCGCCUCCAAGCCCGCCUUCCACGAGCUUCGCACCCGGCAGCGCCUGGGCUACAGCGUCAGCCUGGGGGAGCACAGGCUGGGUGGGGUGGUGGGGCUGGUGCUGCGGAUCCAGAGCCCGGACAGGAGCCCCGGCGAGCUGAGGCAGCGAGUGACGGACUGGCUUGCGGAUUUUGAACAAGAGCUGGCUGCCCUGUCCCCGCAGCGCCUGGACUCCUUCAAGACCUCCCUCACCGAACGCUAUACCGAGCCGCCUCGCUCCCUGGCAGAAGCCUCCCGCCGGACCUGGCAGCCCAUCCGCUAUCGGAGCUACGCCUUCGACAAACGCGGCCGCAAGGCGGCUGCGCUGCGAGACGUGACGCUGCCGCAGCUACUGGACUUCCAUCUGGCGCAUGUGAAGCCGGCGGCGGUGGGAGGUGCACGAAGCGGCGCACGGGUGCUGUGCUGCGAGGUGUGGGGCGGGGGGCGUGGAGGAGGAGGUGUUGGUGGCGUGAAAGCAAGUGGAGGAGUUAAGGGUGGGGCGGAGGUAGCCAGUAGUGA